AUACGGCUGCAGUGCCCUCCUGGUCGAGACUGAUCAAUUACGGUCCUUGCCAUUGACCGGUCUUUCCGUAGGGGAAAUCGAACGGAAAUUAGAACAGGGUAAUCUGGGAAGCCCAAGUGUACUUGAAUGGCUGUGGGAUACCACGAUGGCUCCCAUCAUGGAUGCUCUUGGGUUUACCAAGACUCCCCUUGUCGAUGAUUGGCCUCAUGUAUGGUGGAUUCCUACCGGGCCACUCAAACACUUCCCACUGCAUGCAGCUGGCUAUCACAGCAAAUUUUCAGCCGAGACAGUACUCGAUAGAGUUAUGUCAUCGUAUAUAUCUUCUAUCAAGGCCAUUACGCACGGCCGGCAGCGUCAACUCCAACCGUCUACGUCGGACAAGGCAUUGCUUGUGGCCAUGGAGCAUACACCAAAUAGCUCCCGGCUUCCUUUCGCGAAAGACGAGGUGUCGAUGUUGCGCAAGCUCUCUGAAUCGAUGGCUCUGGACCCCAUCGAACCGGAACGACGCAAGGCAGAUAUCAUGUCGCAUUUGUGGAACUGCAAGAUAUUCCACUUUUCUGGUCACGGCUACACUGAUAAAACCAACACGUGGAAGAGUCAGCUACUUCUGGAAGACUGGAAGGAUGACCCUUUCACUGUGGCUGAUCUUCUUGAGAUGAAUCUCCGAGAUCGCUCGCCAUUUCUUGCCUAUCUUUCGGCCUGUGGGACCAGUCAGAUCAAGGACAGUAGAUCCGUGGAUGAGGGUAUGAAUCUGAUCAACGCAUAUCAACUAGCAGGGUUUCGCCACGUCAUAGGAACCCUGUGGGAGGUCAACGACGAGCUUUGUGUAGACAUGGGGAAGCUCACUUAUGAAGGGUUGAGAGAUGGAGGCAUGACUGACAAGUCGGUGUGUCAAGGACUCCAUCGGGCCACUCGACGGCUUCGGGAUUCUUGGGCUGGGGUGUAUACUAAUGACAGAGCUGAAGACUCGGUCGUGGAGUCGAGCAGACCCUUGGGAGAAAAAGGAACGACCUCGAAAGGUGCUGGGUGUCAGGGAUCAGGAGGUGUAAGAAUCGCAAGAGAUGCAACCGUGUGUGACUUUAAUGAACCUGAGAUAGCUCAUUGGGUUCCCUAUGUUCAUUAUGGUAUAUAAUGCCUUAGUGUAGACACUGCCCGUACUGAG